CGCCGCUGCUGCCUGAGCCUGGUCAGGUGUUCGUUGUUCACACACGUAAACUUUGCGUUUGGACACCCAGAUAAAACGGAUUUUGCGUCGGGACAAGGACAGUCGAGGCCAUGCUCAGACGGAUACUUCAAAUGACUCCUGGGAAGGGGGGCUCCCAGAAUGCAGAGUCAGAGCAGCCCAGCACAGACCUGAACCACGAUCAGACGUCUGAGGGCUUCAUCUGUCCUCAGUGCAUGAAGUCCCACAACUCUGCAGAGGAGCUGUUCAAGCACUAUGAGCUGUUCCACGAUACGGGAGACCUCCCUGCUCACGUGGCCCCCACUCGGGAAGACCUUACAAUGCUGCGGCAAGAGGUUCAGGACCUGCAUGCUUCUCUUAAGGAGGAAAGGUGGUUUUCUGGAGAGCUGAAGAAAGAAUUAGAUAAAGUCCAAGGACAACUGAAGCAAAACGAUGGGCCGGUGAGCCCGGAGGAUUCAGCGCUUGAGAGGAAGCUGAACGAAGCGGAGACAGAAAAGUUCAACAUCAAACAGAUGAAAGACCUGUUUGAGCAGAAGGCUGCCCAGCUGGCCACCGAGAUAGUAGACUUGAAGUCCCGCUACGACGAGGAGAAGAGCUUAAGGGAGGCUGCAGACCAGAGGUUUGCCAAACUGAACGAACAACUGCAGAAAGAGAAGCAGGAGAACGAGAGACUGCAAACAGAACUGCUGCAGCGACCGGGAGUUGAGGAUGUGGAGGUUCUGCAGAAAGAGCUGGUGCAGGUGCAGACGCUAAUGGACCGUAUGACACGAGAGAGGGAGGAGGAGUCCGAACGCCUCAAAAACCAUUACGAACAGCUGCAGGCUAAUUACGCUACCUCAGAGACGACCAUAUCCCAACUAAAGGCAGAGCUGGAGAAAGGCCCGCAGGAAGCAGCCGUCUACACGCAACAGAUCCACCAGCUGCAGAGCAAUCUGAAUAAUUUGCAGCAGCAAAGUCAGAACCUGUCUGAAAAGCUUGCACGUAAGGAAAAGGAGUAUCAAGAACUGGAGGGGCAUCUGGGAGCUGAGAAAACUGCCAAGAAGGGAGUCCAAGACAGCCUCAGGGAGAGGGAUUUGGAGGUUCAAGAGCUCCAGGCUCGAGCCACGGGGGCUGAGGCCUCUCUGCAGAAGGCCCAGACGGAGCUCACAGAGAGGGCGGAGGAUGUGGCGAAGCUGAAGAGCGAGAUCGCCGAGCUGGAGGUGAAGCACGCAGAGCUGAAGGUUGAGAGGAAACAGUUGGAACAGCAGAGGGAAGAGAAGGAAAGCCAAGGUGCUCAGCAGCAGACGGAGAUCAGUCAGCUGCACACUAAACUGCUGGAGGCAGAGAGGCAGCUGGGCGAGGUGCAAGGUCGACUGAAAGAACAGAGGCAGCUGUCUGGGGAGAAGCUAAAGGACCGCGAGCAGCAAGCAGCCGACCAGCAGCUCAAACUCUCCCGAGCGGAAGAACAGUUGAAGGAAAACGCCAGUAAGAACACAGACCUGCAGCACCAGCUGGAGAAAGCCAAGCAGCAGCACCAGGAGCUGCAGGCGCUGCAGCAAAACACCAACGGCAAACUCCGCGAGGCACAGAACGAUCUGGAGCAGGUGCUGCGUCAGAUUGGGGAUAAAGACCAGAAGAUACAGAACCUAGAGGCUCUGCUUCAGAAGAGUAAAGACAUUGUGAGUCAGCUGGAAGCAGAGAGAGAGGACUUGUGUGCCAAGAUCCAGGCCGGGGAGGGAGAGACGGCUGUCCUUAACCAACUAAAGGAGAAAAACCACGCACUGCAAGAACAGGUGACACAGUUGACAGACAAGCUGAAGAACCAAUCAGAGAGCAACAAACAAGCGCAGGACAACCUCCACAAGCAGGUCCAGGAGCAGAAGACUCUGCUGCGUUCAGCCCAGGACCGAGCUCACACCCUGGAGACCUCAGUCACUGAACUCACCGCCCAGCUCACAGACAGCAAGGACAAAGUCUCCCAGCUGGACGCUCAGCUGAAGGCAAAGACAGAGCUGCUGCUGUCUGCAGAGGCCGCCAAGGCAGCACAGAAGGCCAACCUGGAGAACAACCUGGAGACGGCUCAACAUGCACUACAGGACAAACAGCAGGAGCUGAAUAAAGUUCAGAAGAAGCUGGAGGAGCAGGCCCAAAGACUCAAGGAGAGACAUGAGCAGUGCACUCAGCUGGAAACCAGUCUGAAGGAAUGUAAAGACAAACUGUUGGCCUCAGAACAGCGUAUAGAGCAGCUGGAGGGGCUCAAUAAGAAAUUGGAGUCACAGGUAGGCGAGGUGCAGACCACACGAGACCAGGCUCAGCAGGAAGUUCAGAAGCUGCAAAAAGAGAGUUCGGAGGUCAAACGGAAAGCCAAGGAGCUGCAGCGCUCAGUGGAGACUGAGAAAGCAGGGGCUGCAAAUCUGCAAGAGGAAUUAAAGAAAAAGGCAUCCGCUCUGAGCGACGUUCAGCAGCAGCUGGAGCGCUGUGAGAAAGAGAUAGUCGCUCUCAAGGUUAACGUGGACAAGGUGACUCAGGAGGGAAAGACUCAGCAUGCAGAGCUGGACAGGAAAGCUCAGGGUCUGGCAGCAGACCUACAAAAAGCCCAGCAGGAGAAAGAGGCUCAAAGGAAGGAGCUUGUCUCUGCUCAGGAGAGUCUAGGAAAGACUAAUAAGGCACUGAAAGAAAGUCAGAGUCAGCUGGAUACUGAGAAGAAGAACCAUAAAUCAGCCAUGGAGGAGAAGGAAAAAUCAAACGAAAAAGCAAGACAGGAGCUUCUCAAAAAUAACGAUGCCACCACCAAGGCAAUGAAAGAAUCUAAAGAGCAGCUGGAGCAGAUGAGAGAGGCAGAGAAAAAGUUGAAAGUGCAGCUGACAUCAUUCGAACAGCAACACUCAAAGACUCAGGGGACACUGAAGGAAAAGGAGAACGAGUUGGAGAAGCUGCGGGCACAACUAAAGACGACCCAGGGGUCCUUGGAGGAGGAGGUGAAGAAACUGAAGAGCCAAGUCGUACAGUUACAAGAAGUCGGAGUCAAGAAAGCAGAGGAGGAGAGUAAGCUGAAGGCCCAGGUGUCCGGGCUCGGCCAGGAGUUGAGCUCAGAGAAGAGCCGGACGGCAGAGCUGCAGAAGGCCUUGGAGCAAAGCAAGGAAAGCCUCACCAAGCUUCAGUCCGACUUCUACGGAAAGGAGUCCGAGGUUUCUGCCCUGCGUCAAGACCUUAAGGCAUCACAGGAGAAAGUGAGCCUGGCCCAGGAGGAGCUGGCUGCUAAUCGAACCCACCAGACGGGUUUAGAGGCUCAGAUCCAGGAGCUGAAAACGGGCCGGGGCUCGUUGGAGCAGGAGCUCGCCAAACGAGACCAGAAGCUCCAGCAGCAGGAACAAACCCUGAAGGAUCUACAGAAGCAAAAGGGUCAAGUUAAGGAGGAACUGGAGAAGGAGAAGAGCAACAUGGAGGAGCUGAACAAAGCCAAGAGCGUUCUGGAAAAGAACAACACCAGACUGACUUCGGAGUUAAAAACACUAAAAGAGAAGAGCGAGAAGGAGCUGGUUGAGCUGCGGGAAGCCAAACAGCUGUUGAUCCAGCAGAAGCUGGAGCUGCAGGGUCAGGUGGAGGCGGCGCAGGGGGCCCUCAAGCAGGAGCAGAAGGAGCAUCAGUCCACCAAGGACAGCAGGAGCCAGAGAGAGGAGCAGCUCCUCGCCCAAACCAAGGAUGUCCAGGAUCAGUUGGCGGCGGAGAAGCGAGCCAGAGAAGAGCAGGUGAAGCGUGGGGAGGAGGCGGAAGCUAAGAUGGGCGUGCAGGUGACGGCUCUGAAUGAGAACGUGGCCACGUUGAAGAGGGAAUGGCAGGGCAGCCAGAGGAGAGUCAGUGAGCUGGAGAAACAGACGGAUGAGCUGAGAGGGGAGAUCGCCGUGCUGGAGGCCACCGUCCAGAACAACCAGGACGAGCGACGGGCUCUCCUGGAAAGGUGUGUGAAGGGCGAGGGCGAGAUCGAGAAACUGCAGGCCAAAGUGGUGGAGCUGAGGAGGAAACUGGACGACACGACGGCCGCCAUGCAGGAGCUGGGCAGAGAGAACCAGUCGCUUCAGAUCAAGCAGUCGCAAAGUCUGACCAGAAAGUGGGCCGAGGACCACGAGGUGCAGAACUGCAUGGCCUGUGGGAAAGGCUUCACCGUCACUGUCAGGAAGCACCACUGCAGACAUUGUGGAAACAUUUUCUGCGCAGAGUGUUCGUCUAGGAACGCCCUCACGCCGUCCUCUAAAAAGCCAGUACGGGUGUGCGAGACGUGCUUCGAGGAGCUCCAAGGCUGAUUCUUUUCCACUCAUCCCUUUAACCUCCCCUCCCUUAAACCUCCCCUUCACCCUCUUCCCCCCCCAUCCCUUUCUAUUCCAGCGGGCAGAAGAAGGCAUGUCUUUGUCAUUUUUUAAAUGUGCACUAUAAAGGACAGACCCAGUGCAAAGAUUCCCACCUGCACGCGAUUUCCAGCUCCGGUGUGGAGGCAAAUAACUGAAGGUAUUUACUGAGGAGACACCGGAGCCGUAUGAGGGGGGACGGGGUGGGAUCGGUUGGGAUUGUCUGUAUCUGUUUUUGUGCCUUUGCUACUCCUGUGGACUGCCAGAGAGCGGAGACAGAGAUCAUCACCCGUCUCUUUUUAAGUUCAUCUUCACAUCUCCAUCGUCGUUUUUGGUUGUGAGGUGGUUGCUUUGCACGUUGUUGAAAGGUUUGGCAUCAGGUGGAGGGUCGGUGUGAGAGAACUUCUGCCCCACAAAGUUAAUGCGAGUAACUUGUUGUCUGUGUGUAACUCAAUCCGAUCGCAACGUACGUUUUGAUUUUUAAAGCAAGAAAGUUCUGAUAAUCUGGAGGUGCAGCAGUAGUUUUAUGUGGUUUCUCAACUUAACUGAUGAGUUCAGUUUGUUCAUUUGACUCCAAACAAGAUUUGUUAGUUUAUCAGCUGAUUAUUUUUGAUGUUUUGUACAAGAUCUCAUAAAGAAGAGAUUUUAAAUUUUCAGAAAUGUGCAUCAAGUUUUCUUAUUCACAUUCGUAAACGGCACUAUUUCAGUAGAACUCUGUGCUGUACGGUGAAAUAAUUCCAGUUUUAGGUUCAACAAUCCAGUCGAUUUGUGCACCAGCUACCUUCUAUACACAAAGUCAGAUCCGUUACUGCGUGUUUCCUUUGUGCGGCAGAGCGUCGGUGAAUCCGUAACAAGUAUUCAGCCUAUUUCAUGACCAAAGAAUGUCCGCAGCAGGAAAACGGUUCGAGGCGAAAAGCCUUGAGCUCGUUUCACAUUUCAGUGUUUUUUCAAAGUGUCGUCUGAAAAGCUUUUGAGUUUUCAAUCACAGGGUCUGACGUUUUUAUCUCGAAAACAGCAUUUAUGGCGAUCGGAGAGGCUUUUUUUUAAUGUACAGUUGUUGUUUUUUGUGCCACAUUUCUCUUUGUGUGUUAUUUUCUACAAAUCGUGGUGCUUUCCGCAGACUGGUGAUGCAGUCAUUGAAGGUGCCUGCAUGUUUUUUUUUGUUUUUUUUCCUGCUGCUUGUCUCCACUUAACAGCACUGACUAUACUGCUGUAGCUGUGUGUGUGUGUGUGUGCGCGUGUGUGUGCUUCGAAGCAAUAACCGUGGCUGUGUGUGAAGUUGCCGUAACAAGAGUGUGUGUGUUUUAGAGUUUAGGCCUGCUGCUGCUGCCGCCGCCGCUGCUGCUGCUGCGUGUGCCGAGAUGCACUGUAUGUAUGAAUGAAUGAAUGUCAGCUGCUCAGAACCUCAGUAUCUCUCUGGCACGUUGUUCGGGGGACUUCGUUGCUGCUUUCAGGUACAGCGGUUACUGUCGGUUCUCUGUCCAACUGGCCCGCAGCUGAGAACACUGUAGAAGCUCAUUCGUUUAGUUUUGUAGCCGUCGACAGAUACCGGUGGGAUCUCUUGUGCAAUUGUCAGUAGACUGGAGCAGGUGACGACACUGUAAGCCAGGCGACAGCAAAGCAGCUCGUUUCAGGCAAAUUCGGUCUCUUGUGCUUGUUUGCUGGUUACAAAACAAUGUCAGUUGCAAUCUCUCAAAAGAACGCCUGUCUCUCUCUCUCUCUCUCUCUCUCUCUUUGUUAUUUUAUUUUAUUUAGCAUCGCAUUGGUUUUGUUAUGUCUACCUCAGAUUGGCACAGGAAAAGCACUAUUUCUAAAUGAUAGAAAUCACAAAUGUGGCAUCUUUGCCGGCAUUUGAUUAAGGAUUUGUGAGCGAUCUAUCAUGUUGUACAGUCCCUGAAAUCUAAGAGAGAUGAUUUGCACCUUAUCGUAUUCUGGGCUCGUCUGUAUGAGCAGCCAGCCACAAACGUAGGACCACCAACUUUAUACAGGCUUCAGCAUUUCUAGCCCCAAAUGUACUUAACUGCUCAUUAAUACUAAGGCUGUCAUAAUUAUCUUUGUAAAUGUUUGUAAUGAAAGAGAAAAAUGAAAUAUAUAACACUUGUGGAUGUAGAACCAUGACAACAGUGAAACCGUGUGGAUUCAUCAGUGUCUUACUCAUUUUUACAAAAUGGCACCACAGACGUGUACACACUGAAUUGUGGCUUGCUUCGUGUUGCUGUCAGUUAUCAUGCAUGAUGACUUAACUGGCCUGUGGCUCACACGUUUUUUCCUCCAUGUUUAGUCAUCAUUUUUUUGGUGGUUUGUGAAGGUGUGCCUUAGGCCAACAUCCUGCACGUCACCGCCGGCCGUCGGCGGUGACUCUGCACCAUGUUAUCACCGGAGUCAGCGUGACUUCAGCUCAGCUGAACGGACAAGAGAAGUAAUUUAUGUUCACAUGCACCAGUUGAUUUUCUAAUUCAUUGUUAUGACAAAACCUAAAUAAAACCUACGGUAUGUUUCUA